AUGUGUGGAAAGAGCUUUUCUCAACAAUCCAAUCUAACUAGACAUCAGAAGGUUCACACCAGGGAGAAGCUAUAUAAAUGUUUGGAGUGUGGGAAGAGCUGCUCUUAUAAAGAUACCCAAACCAGACACCAAAGGCUUCAUACAGGCGAGAAGCCAUAUAAAUGCUUCGAGUGUGGAAAGAGCUUCUCUUUCAAUAUCCACUUAACUAGCCAUCAAAAGGUUCACACAGGGGAGAAGCCAUAUAAAUCUUUGGAGUAUGGAAAGAUCUCUAUGAAUUGCUCUGUAACUAGCCAUCAAAUGCUUCACAUGGUGGAGUAG